AAUGUUUAUUUCCCCUUGGCCUUAGUCAGAAAUCUAAUUCCUCCAAUUGCCCCAUUGGCUGAGAUGAAUGAUGUCUUAUUGACAUUGCAUAUUGUACUUUGGCCUCGCCUGUUUUUGUACGUACCUUCCUGCUUACCAGACGAAAAUACUGAAUCGGCCUAUCUGCCUGGCUAUAGGCCUAGGGCUAUGCAUGCUAUCCCAUGGGCGCAGCUCUUUAUGAUGAGAUAUUCAAAUUGCCCAACAAUUGGACUCUUUCAUAGGAUUUCAUCAGAACAGCUGGCUUAUAUAUAGUUUAUUCAAAUGAAAAGUACUGCGAACUAUAAACAUCAUGCCUUCAAAUAACGGAAUUUGUAAAAGCAUUAGUGGAGGAUUAAGUGCUAUGCAGUGUUGUGUUAUUCUUUUCACAUGGUUGGGUGCUUUCUCCCUGUUGUGGGAUUCAGCAAUAGCUGCCUGUGGCGUUCCUCCUAAUAUUGACAAAGCUGAUAUCCUUUCUCAAAGUGCCACAGAUGUCAGAUACAAGUGUAAAAGUGGUUAUGAACCUGGGGCCACGAAAACAAUGGCUACCUGUCAAGGGUCGAACUGGGUUUUUGCUGAAAAUCGUCCCCUGGUUUGUAGGCGUGUCAGUUGUGGGACACCCCCUGACAAACAGCAUGCCUCAUACAAAGAGAGAAGUUACCUGUUUGGUGAUAACGUCUACUAUGUCUGUGAUACUGGAUAUAAACAGGUUUUGGGUACUCCCAAUUACAAUGUGAUAUCAUGCCAACCAAAUGGAAGGUGGACGAUGAUUUCAUUUAGCUGUGGACCUAAGACUUGCCCGGCCCUUUCUAACCCAGCAAACGGUAAUGUUGCUAUUGUCCAGGGUGCAAAUAAUGAAUAUAACUACGGCAAUAUAUAUAGAUUCACGUGUAAUGUUGGAUUUAUGAGCAAAGGGAGACAGACAGUUGAUGUAACGUGUACCGAUGCGGCGACUUGGUCCGAGAAGGAUGUGAAAUGUGAAGAGGGCAUAUGCCCCGAGCCAACGACACCAGAGAAUGGCAUUAAACUGAGUACGGGCAACAAGUAUGGUGAUUUGAGAGAAUUCAAAUGUAAAGACAAAUAUGAAAUGGUCGGACAACCCAAGAAUACUUUAACUUCAGUUUGCCAGAAGGAUGGCAAAUGGUCAGACCCUCCACCAACAUGCAGACUUCUACCUGUUCCGUGUAAUGUGCCAAGUGGUCCAAAGAACGGGUAUGCGGAAAUGGUGAAUGAUAAUGAGUACAGGAUGAAGUGUAAUCCUGGCUACAAACUGCAAAGUGGCAAUUCAUAUGAAAUAGUCACAUGUCAAAUUGACGGCACCUGGUCAUUCAAUCCAGCCGUGUGUUUAGUAGUUAGUUGUGGUGCACCAAAAAUACCAACCAAUGGUGAAUUAGUGACAAACGAUGACAAAAAGUACACUGUACGCUGCAAAAAUGGUUUCAAACUGGUAGGAGGACAAGUGGGUGAGACUGUCUCGGAGACUUGUCAGAAUAAUGGUGAAUGGACACAGAACAACAACCCUGUCUGUAAAGGUGUUACAUGUGGUUCGCCUAUCAUACCAAACAAUGGGGAAUUAGUAACUACUGAUACUAAGACCUACACCAUUCGAUGCAAAGAUGGUUUCAGACUUGAAGGGGGUACAGAUAAGAUCACUGUAUUAUGCCAGAAUAAUGGGCAGUGGACACCAGUCAAUGCUGUCUGCACUGAAGUUACAUGUGGUUCACCAAUCAUACCAAACAAUGGGGAAUUAGUAACUACUGAUACUAAGACCUACACCAUUCGAUGCAAAGAUGGUUUCAGACUUGAACUUGAAGGGGUUACAGAUAACAUCACUGUAUUAUGCCAGAAUAAUGGGCAGUGGACACCAGUCAAUGCUGUCUGCACUGAAGAAACAUGCAAGAAGAAGAAUCCCACAGCUCCAGCCAAUGGUAAAAUUGAAAAAGUCAUGAAACCGGAAACAUACAAAAUAACCUGUAACAAAGGCUACAAGAUUAUUGGAAGGGAUACCGUCACUUGUGUCAACAAACUAUGGUCCCCGACGACAACGACCUGUACAAAAGAAUCUGCUCCGGGGGGAUUCAGCAGGGGCGAGAAAAUAGCCAUUGGGAUUGGGACUUGUAUCGGUGCUCUCAUCAUAGUCGGCCUCGUGAUAUUUCUCAUCUGGCGCUAUUGUACGGUUUCCUGUUGUACAUGUAAUGGAAAAGAAUGCUGCACAUGCAAUAAAAAACCCGUUGAAAUAGAAAAAGAUUUGACGGAAAGGAAACCGUUUCAUACUGGAGAAACAAAUACCAAUACCGGUACCACAUCAAAUUCAAAUUGUUGAGUUCUGAGGCACAAAUGGCAACCUAUGUUUUGGUAGUAAACAUGGGAAUAUUUCUGUUGGCCUCCGGGGGAGGUGGGGACAUCAGGAGGUCGAGAAUACUCGUUUUUGUUUGCAGAUUCAUGCUGAGGUAUACCUUUCAAAAUAUGUAUGGUUUAUUGGUAUAACAUAUAUCUCGAAAAAAGUUCCAUGCUUGGUUAAAAAAAGCUUUAAACCUCAACGAACAACCUUGGCAGAAAGAGGGUUGAAAAGGCUGAAAUUAAUGUACAU